GUUUUUAUUCAUCCGCAGAAAACAAUGGCUUGAAAUUUCCCGAGGUUCAGUGUAGCCCCAGGAGCAGGUGCAACCGUAGAAUCACGCCGAUGCUUUCUUCAGCAUGACAAUACAACCUUAGCUCGUUAGGAUAAACUCCGUUGAAGGAGAAAGCUGCUUUGUAUGAAGAAAGCGGUUAACUCAGUGAUAGCAUUCUUGAAAAAGAAAAAAGAAGAUUUUUCGCUGUUACGGGACUCAGCGCCUGUCGAUGCUGGUGUAAGUCUUGAUCGGGUCGAAGCUGAAAAGGAAGAUGAGUUUGCAGUUAUUAGGUUAUGCAGACGAUGUGUUAUGGUUUACGAAAACAAAACAUGCAACAAAUGGAUGCUGCAACGUAUAUCACGACAGUGCGACAUCGGUUUCGAUGAGGACACUGCGGAACUUGUUCCACCAGUGGAAAACACUGACCAAUCUUUCGACCCUUUUCACGAAAAUUCUUUUCGAAGCUUUACUCAUGUAAACCGCGAUCGAAUUUCAAUGGCGCUAACCUUGAUUUCUGACCACGUUAUGCAACGCACAAGCAACAGCGACAGAUUAAAAUUUGGACCUCAUUAUCCGGUCUUCAUUUGGUUACGAAACUGCGAAAGAUCGAAUGCCUUUCGAAAUAUCUACCAAGACGAAGAUAAUAUAUUGAUAAAAGUGCGGUUAGAUAUGCUAUCGUUGGCUAGUUUUCCACGUCCAGUUUCGGAGAUUUUCGAGGGAACAACUUUGGAAGUUUGGGUUCUAGCCCAAAAAUUUUCUAAGCCGAUAAUUACACUGGAAAUUGAUGAAGAGUUAAUCAUUGGGUACAUAGCUGAUCUUUUCCACGUUGCUUUUUUCAAUAUUCCAUUCUCCGUCAAAGAAAGGCAAGCUAAGAUUGAAGGAAUUUUCCGAGCUAUUGACGAGAUUCUCGACAUCAGCGCUCAUAUUAUGUUGGCCAGCGGUGAAUCCUCGGAGAAUGCAAUAACUGUCAAGGAAGUCAUCACUGAGACAGCCAUCGUAGUAACGUCAACAGCCGCCGAAAGCACGGCUACCGUUGGCAUAGAAACGGCUGCGAUGGCCCUGGGGCAAGCUGCGGCAGGUAUAGCAAUAUCAGUUUUGGUCGACAUCGCUCUAACCGCCGGAAGUGUGACGCGUUCGAAAAUGCAGCGUGAUAAAGGCUUGAUAACAAACUCGCAGUUUAAGUCUACUGUAAGACGGAAGUUGUGUGACUCGAGUUGCCAGUUUAUCGGAGGAACUACUGGAACCAUCGUAGGGCAAGUACUCAUUCCGGUGCCCGUAGUAGGGGCCAUGGUUGGCGGUUUCUUUGGGAGUUUAAUUGGAGUUGGAGUCAGUAAAGGAAUCAUAAAGACCUCAGAACUCAUUGCUAAGGCUCAUAACGCCAGGGCUAAAGCUAUUACCGAUUAACAUGGCAGUUUUGAAUUGACAACCAAAGUAAUCCCAGCGACCAAUCAGAACAAAGAUUUAAAUUGGAAUUAGCCAAUGAGAAAUCAAAGUGAAAACGAGCAAAUUGUUUGAAGCGCGGGAAAACGCAAAUGACUCAGUCGCGAUUGUUUUUAGUUAUACAUCUGAUUGGUUAAAGGGAUGGUCGAGUUUUCAGGACCAGUCACAGAGAAAGGUUAAGUGAAACCCAAGCAAACCUAGAUUACUUUGGACACUCAAUUGCAAAUUGCUGAAGUAUGAACGCUAACGGGUCGCGCCUGAGGAAAUACGUUUGCUUUUACACUGACAACAGUCCUGGUCACACGGACUGCUUUUGAACUGUGCUCGGGUAUUGGUUAUCGACAAACUAGUGUAAACAAGGUUUAUCUUGUUCGCUUUCAGGGGUUUGACAGGGGGUAAAUAUUGAAUAAGUUAUAAUUUUGCUAAAAUAAAACGCUC